AUGGCAAACAAAGAUCUUUCGAAAAGUGUAGAGGAUGAUAUUUUGCAUCAUCUUGAAAGAAAUGCUAAUAUCUAUACACAAACUUAGGAUUAACAUAAAAAUAAACUAUAUGAUCAAACACCCUAAAUGAUUCCAACUCUAAACAUUUCUCCACAAAUUUCAAGUCUUCGAGAAAUAAAACUAGUCAAUUCUCUACUUGAAAAUGGAGACGGUAAAAUCAAUCCUGUCAAACUCAUUUGCCAGAAUUGCAAGAAAUAAGUAUAUAUUUAAUAAUACAGUUGUUAAAAGGUUCAAACUAAAUUAAGCAGAAGAGUUGGGAGUGGUGCUUAUAUAGUUUCUUGUAUUCUCCUUCUAUGUUCUUUUGGAAUCUGCUGUCUGGCAUGUUUACCUUGUUAUGUAGAUGAUUGCAAGGACAUUAUUCAUCUUUGUCCAAAUUGUCAACAUCAGAAUGGAUCAACUCCGUACUCUGUUUUUUAAUGA